UGAUACGAGAACGAUACGCGUAUGAUACGCGUAUCAUACGCAAAAUUAUGUUAACAAAUACGCGAGCGGUACUGUACAUCCAUAGAUAAAAACGCACGGAUUUUUAAUCUCCAGUGCUGCGUUUUGCGUUGUGCAUAAAUUUAAUGCGUGCUGCAAUUCAAAAUGGCGUCGAAAGAGGAGCGAAAAUUAGCAAUUCUACUUUUGCUUCGCCAAAGACGAAAACGAAGGAAUAAAUACAAAAAAAGAUUUUGGAUUGAAGAUAUUUUAAAGCGGCGAAAAGAACUGGGGGAAUACCAUCGGCUCAUUCAAGAAAUGCGGUUAAAUGAUCCUGAAUCAUUUUAUCAAUACUUUCGGAUGACCCCUUCGCGGUUUGAUUUACUUCUUGGUCUGGUUGGGCCAUACUUGAAAAAGAAUUCUUUAUACCGCGAGCCUGUGAGUCCUGAAGAACGCCUCGCUGUUACUCUUCGCUUUUUAGCAACAGGCGACUCUCAACAAAGCAUAGCAUUCAGUUUUCGACUUGGCCAUGGUACUGUGACCAAAAUCGUAGAGGAGUCUUCCGAAGCUUUGUGGUCUGCGUUGCAGCCGUUUAUCAAGCCUCCAACGACAACAAGCGAAUGGAAAAAAAUCGCAACAGAUUUUUGGCAGUUGUGGAACUUCCCAAUGUGUUGCGGUGCCAUUGAUGGCAAACAUGUAGUCAUGCAAUGUCCCCCUCGGGCUGGUUCGUCAUUUUUAACUAUAAAGGAACACAUAGCAUUGUUCUGUUAGCAGUUUGUGAUGCUAGGUACUUGUUUACUCUAGUGGAAAUUGGCAGCUCAGGCAGAAAUAGUGAUGGAGGUAUUUUUGGCGAGUCUAAAGUUGGAAGAGCCAUUGAAGAUGGCAGUUUAAAGUUACCAUUUGCAGAUCCCCUUCCAAAUAUAUCAACAGAAGUUUGCCCAUAUUUAUUCACUGCUGAUGAUGCAUUCCCCCUUAAACCAUGGAUGAUGAAACCCUACCCAGGAAAAUUUCUUGAUAAAAAGCUCAAAAUAUUCAAUUACCGUCUGUCACGAGCAAGGAGAUUUGUUGAGAAUGCAUUCAGAAUCACUGCAGCUAGGUGGAGAGUGCUAAGAAGACCUAUAAUGGCUUCAGCUAAAAAGGUGGCAAGUAUAACUAAAGCAGUCUGUGCACUUCACAAUUACCUAAUGUUAGAAGAAUUCGGUAUUCCUAAUUCAUCAAAAAGGUAUUGCCCAGCUGGAUUUGUUGACACAGAAGACAGGUAUGAACCUGCCAGGAGGAUGGCGAUCUUUGACAGGAGACACGGGUCUGCAACAAAUUUCACGACAAGGAAGCAAUAAUUAUUCACGAAAUGCCAAAUCUGUGCAAAAUUUACUGACGAAUUAUUUCUGCUCACCAGAAGGGGAAGUGCCUUGGCAAUAUGCCUAUGUGCAAAAUAAUGGUAGACAAGAAAAAUAAACCUGUUUCUGUAAAACAAUUUUAUAUUUAUAACAUCAUCUUAUUAAUAAGUUAUAUUAAUUUAAUUAUCAAAUGUAAGUUUCAACUGAACAAAAAAUAAAUCUGUUUCUUACAAACA